AUGGAUGAGGUGCGGACCAUUCUUAAGAAAGCAAGAAGCCUGAAUCUGGAUGUGAUUCCAUUGGUGCAGACGUUUGGGCACUUGGAGUGGAUUCUGAAAUUGGAGCAGUUCAGAAAGUACCGUGAAGAACGACGCGUUCUCUGCUUGGGUGAUGAGGAAGGCGUUGCGAUUGUGAAGGAUGCGUUGAAGCAAGUGAUAGACGUGCAUAAAGAA